GGCUGGGAGGCGUCCCGCCCUCCUGCAGCUAAUGAGCAUUGUGUGACAGGUGUUUGCAUCUCAGUCCCCAGCAGGCUCUGGCUGCGACAGGAGGCGGCCGCCUGCCACCCGCCUUCCCUCUAAGGCUCGCUUGCUUGCUUGCUCACUGCACCCCACCAGGCCCUCCCGCUCCCAGGCCGGGGGUAGGGGCACCAUGGCCUGCCGAUCCUGCGUCGUUGGCUUCAGCAGCCUCAGUGGCUGUGAGGUGACCCCUUUGGGCAGCCCCCGGCCUGGGGCCUCUGGAUGGAGCAGCUGCGGGGCCCCUGGGUCAGGGUUCAGCUCCAGAAGCCUCACAAGCUGUUGGCCAGCUGGCACCAUCCCCAAGGUGACGGUGAACCCCAGCCUUCUGGUGCCUCUGGACCUCAAGGUAGACCCAGCUGUCCAACAGCAGAAGAACCAGGAGAAGGAAGAGAUGAAGAUCCUCAAUGAUAAAUUUGCCUCCCUGAUUGGCAAGGUGCAAGCCCUGGAACAGCGCAACCAGCUGCUGGAGACCCGCUGGAGCUUCCUGCAGGGCCAGGACUCUACCGCCUUUGACCUCGGGCACCACUAUGAGGCGUACCAGGGCCGGCUGCAAGAGGAGCUGCGCAAAGUGAGCCAGGAGAGAGGACAGCUUGAGGCCAAUCUGCUGCAGGUGCUGGAGAAGGUGGAAGAGUUUCGAAUCAAGUAUGAGGAGGAGAUCUCCAAACGCACGGACCUGGAGUUCACCUUCGUGCAGCUGAAGAAGGAUCUGGACACUGAGUGCCUCCGCCGGACUGAACUGGAAACCAAGUUAAAAGGCCUGCAGAGUUUCUUGGAGCUGAUGAAAACCAUUUAUGAGCAGGAACUGAAGGACCUGGCAGCCCAAGUGAAGGAGCUGUCGGUGACUGUCGGCAUGGACAGCCGCUGCCACAUCGACCUGAGCGGCAUUGUGGAGGAAGUGAAGGCCCAGUACGACGCCAUCGCGGCCCGCAGCCUGGAGGAGGCCGAGGCAUACUCGAGGAGCCAGCUGGAGGAGCGAGCUGCUCGCUCAGCCGAGUAUGGCAGCACCCUCCAGAGCCACCGCUGCGAGAUUGCUGACCUCAACGUGCGCAUCCAGAAACUUCGGUCCCAGAUCGUCUCCAUCAAGAGCCACUGCCUGAAACUGGAGGAGAGCAUCAAGGCAGCAGAGGAGCAGGGCGAGCUGGCCUUCCAAGAUGCCAAGGCCAAGCUGGCCCAGCUGGAAGAGGCCCUGCAGAAGGCCAAGCAGGACAUGGCCCGGCAGCUGCGGGAGUACCAGGAGCUCAUGAAUGUCAAGCUGGCCCUGGACAUCGAGAUUGCCACCUACCGCAAGCUAGUGGAAGGCGAAGAGAACAGGAUGGACCUGCCCUCCGCCUCUGCCACCGUGGUCAGCACCGUGCAGUCCUGGCCCAGAACCAAGUCCCCCAAGCCAGGCCUCUCCAAGGCCCCCUCCAGAAGGAAGAAGAAGAGCUGCAGAGGACCAGUAAUCCAAAUCACCGAAAUGUCAGAGAAGUACCUCUCUCAGGAGUCGGAGGCCUCAGAGUAAGGCAGCUGGACCCCAGGAGCCCCAGGAAACUCCGACUGCAGCGGGAGGGACUUAAACUAGACUCAAAAAAAAAAACAUUCAGGAACUCCAGGUUGGCAAGGGACACAAACCCUGAUACUGACCUGAGAGUCCCAAACUGGGACUGCUAUUUUAUGGGUAAGCGCCAGGGUAAGCGCCACCAGCUCCACUCUGACUUUGUUGUCCCAGUCCUCUCUUCCAACCUGCUGGUCACAGGUUUUCUCUGCUGAGUAAACUGGAACUUGAGGGGUCAGUUUGUGUCCACCUCUCACUCUUCUGAGGCUCUUCUCCAGCAUGGGCUCUCACACCAAGGUGCUUCAGUUCUUUUGCCCAAUGCUUGCCCUAAACUCCUGUUUAAAGCCUUGCCUUGCCUGUGCCUCAGAACUGAGGCUGGUCCCAGUGCCCUUGCCCAGGCCUUGGAGGGGCUGGGAGGACCACUUGGUCCUAUGCCAUGUCUGGGCUUCCCAAGGAGGCUGGUGCUGAGGAUCCUUGGCUUUCCUGCACUUGGGCUCCCCUGACAGUAUUAGGGACUAAGGGGAGAAGGGACCCUGGCCACUCAAGACCUGAGCCUGGACCUUAGAUCAAACUGGAUGCCUGUGCCCUGCUGUCCUCCUGUGGGCCCCUCCCAAGACACCACAGUCAGAAACAGGCAGGUGCCUCCAGCCAGCUCCCCCACCUCUCCAGAAGCUCCUCCUGCCGUGGUCUCCUUCCUGCACUUCUGGGCUGAGUGUUCUGCCCCCAGCCCAGGUCUCUCCUAGCCUCGACACCUGGCUCUGGUGCACUGGGCCCUUCGGACUCCUAGCCCCAUCCUCGUGGUAAAAGCCCAGGCCACUUUCCCUGACUUCCGCUUCUCAGGGCCCUGUUCUCCUCCACACUUAGCCAAACAGCCUAGCCCUCCCCUCUCUGCAUUCACUGAAGAGCCCAGGACACCCACCCCAAGGACUUACAUCUUCUUUUCUUCCCUUCUGGCCCCUACCCUUCCCCAUGUCCACUCUCCUUACCUGCAGCAGGCCAUGAGGACGGGAGCUUCUGAGCCCUGAUUUGGCCUGGAAACCCCGUGACCCCUUAAAAGGGCUCAGCCAAAGAGAAAACUUCUAAUCCACAGGCAGACCUGGGAUUGGUAGGUAUGUUCCUGGCCCCUCUCUGGGGAAAACCAGCAGUGCCAGCAUCACCUCCUCAAGCCUCUUCCCCUCCCUCUGCCCCAGCUACCCCUUCUCUUGCCUCUUCUUUUAGCCUGUCUGAUCCCUUCAUCACAUUUUCCAGGACAGAGUGGCCUAAGUCCUUGACCUCACCUAAUCCCCAAGGCCCUAGAGGCCUGCAGGGUUGCUGGUGGGCUAUCAACUCUCAGGCCAAAGGAAACUCAGCCAGGUAUUCAUCCCUGAGGUCCCCAAACAGGGUGCUGAUUGCUGCUUUCUUCUCGGGCUAUUUAUUGGUUUCCAAGGGAGCAAAUCCUCAGUGGGAAUAUGAGAUAUGUAAAGUAUAUAUUAUUUUUUCAUAACUUAUGUGGCUUUUAACUUAUUGCUUCCCUUCCUGUCUCUGCAUGAUCAGUGCUGUGUACUAUCUGGACUUUAGACAACACAUGUGCCAGCCACCCCACCUGACUGGGAAAUGUACCCCCACUCCCUGCCAAGGGAUGAAUAAAGUGUUGAGAUUUUUGUCCAUGGAUGAAA